AUGUCUUCUCGGCCGUCUACCUCUGCCGCAGGUGCCAGCACGAGCGGCACCAGCAAGCCCAAGCCUGUCAAGGCGGGCAGCAACUGGAAGAAGCUGCGCAAGACGCUCGCACCAAGCAGUGACGAGCCCUCGCCCAAGCGACGACGUCCGCUGCCACGCUCCGAGCCAUCCAGCAGCUCUCUGCGUCUCGACUCUCCGGCCACAGGCUCGCCGGCGCCCACCACGCUGCCGUGGUUUGCCGAGGAUCUCUCGCCUGAAGAUCUGGCACUCGUGCGUACUGCCGGCACGCAAGCGCCCCAGGGCUCUGCUUCGGCGCUUGGAGUAGCCGAGACGCGAGAGGAGCAGCGCCGCAAGAAGGCGAUCAUCCUUGGUGGGCGCAAGGAGGAUGCGGAGGGCAAGCGCGACCCCGGCACGUAUCUGGCCAUCGACUGCGAGAUGGUCGGCGUGGGUCCGUUGGGCUCAGAGUCGAUGCUGGCGCGCGUCUCGCUCGUCAACUGGCACGGCCACGUCGUGCUCGACACCUUUGUGCGGCCGCUCGAAAAGGUGACCGACUAUCGCACGUGGGUGUCUGGCGUGCGAGCCAGCGACCUGAAAGGCGCACCGACGUUUGCCGACGUGCAGGCUCGCGUGGCGGCGCUCAUCAAGGGCCGGGUGCUCGUUGGUCAUGCGAUCCAGAAUGACCUCAAGGCACUGCUUCUGAGCCAUCCACGGCCCCUCGUGCGCGACACGGCCACGUUCAAGCCGCUGCGCGACAUUGCAAAGACGAAGCAUCCGGCGCUGCGCAAUCUCGCACGCCUGGUGCUGGGCAUCAGCAUCCAGGUGGAGGGCGAGGAGCACUCGUCGGUCGAGGAUGCACAGGCGACAAUGGCCGUGUAUCGCACGCAGCAUGCGGCAUGGCAGAAGGCCCUGGGGCGCGAGGCAAAGGGCAGAAAGGGCGUCGUGGGCGCGGGCGAGGCGGCGGGAGAGGAGGGAGAGAAGAUUGAACGCACGGCGAGAAAGGCAAGUGCAAAGGCGAGACAGGGCAACGCAGAGGCGCAGAGUGCGGUCAAGAAGGCGGCGCCAGCGGCGGAGUGGUGGAAGGAAUGA